UGUCCCUCCAAGGGAGUCCAAGCCCAUUUUGCUUCCUGCUGGCCUGGCGCCACUCCGAUUCCAGGUAUCCUACACAGGCUACAUUCAACACAGUUCUGAGACUGCAAGGUUUCCGGUCAUACCUGCCUGAACAAGGAAGAAGGAAGACGGCGGCAUGGCAGUCUGCUGAACAGGAAGGCCUUAAUCUGGACGCCCUCAGCAGCGACUCCGGUUAUGGAGGGGUGUCGCAUCGGUUGUAUCCCGGAGAGGGGCCUCACUAUGCAGUCCCUGGGGACUCUUGCCCGCAUUGGCUUGGGCCGUUCGUCCAAUGCAGCGCGCGGAGCCGUGCUAACGACGCUGCCAAGCACAAACGGAAGGAGGUUUCAGGGCAUGUUUGCGACCAUGAAGCAUUCUAGAACUGCACCACGUUCUGAGAGAGUUGGAAAUUCAAGCGUACCCCUUUCCAAAGCCCAUUUCGAGCAGAAACAAUUGCUUGCCGCAGCCAAUCGCACGCCAGGGAUGCGGUCAACUGCGACAAGCCUCCGAAGCCAGUUUCUCUCCUCUUCGAAGUCCACAAUCAUCCAGGGUCCGACGUUUCUCAUGGGGAAUCAAAAUUGGGGCCGCUCUCUUGCAUUCCAUUCUAGGGUUUCGGCGACGGCGGACGUUGUCAAGGAAACCCGCGAGGCGCCCGCCCCGGAAGAACUAGAGCGCGAGGAACGCCGACCGUUACCAAGGUCAUUACCAGUGCGGCCAUCGAAGGACGUCUGGGUGCGGCCGGGGGUGACCCCUCCUCCCGGCACUUCUGCUUCGGACGAACCCCCCCGAAAAAGCUUUGCACGGCCCCCGAGGGCUUAUCCUCAAAAAGUGGGUGUGAGCCGUCAACCAUGGGAGGGGCACUUUGCGCGAACCGAGGAGAACCGGCUUCGAGCGGACAAAGUGCGGACUGCCGGAGUGGAGGGCGAUAAGCAGGCGGCGGAGGAUGAUAAGCCGGCGAAAGCGGUGGUGAAAAAGAAGGUGGCAAUGUGGCUUGGGUAUGUGGGCACCGACUUCAAAGGUUCAAUGAUGCAGCGGAACCAGCCGGGCGCGACUGUGGAGGCAGCGCUGGAAAAGGCAAUCUUUGAUGCGGGCGGCAUGAAGGAGUCCAACUUCGGCGACUUCAAAAAGAUUGGCUGGAACAGGAGCAGCCGGACGGAUAAGGGGGUGCACGCGCUUGCGAGUGUCGUCUCCUUCAAAAUGGAAGUGCCUGCCGAGGUGUUUGCCCACGAUCCGGACGGCCUGUCCCUCGCGGACCGAGUCAACGCCCACCUGCCGCCCAGCAUACGAGUGUACGGCGUGCAGCCGGUCACCAAGUCCUUCAACUCGUACCACAACUGCCGGGCCCGCACUUACGAGUACGUGCUCCCUGCCUCAAUCAUUGGCAUCACUGACGAUAUGGAUGAAGUGGCAGCACACGACACCCUGGAACAGCUGCGGGCGAUUUUGAGGAAGUACGAGGGGCGGCAGCCAUUCCACAACUUCACUGUCCGACGGCUGUACCGAUCCGGGAAGAAGGGUUCCAAGCGGAAGGUUACCCGGCUAACCCAAGAGACAGAAACGCUACUAGACCUCGAGGGAAACAGCGACGACUUCCUCCCAACCCCUCCUUCCGAGAGCGCAAAUGACGGCACAGUAGGCUUGGAAAUGGCAGCGGAUUUGGGCACUUCCGAUUCGGACAUGGGCGAUCGUCAUUCGGACGUGGGCGAUAAUAGUUUGGACGUGGGCGACAACGAUUCGGACGUGGGCAGCUCCACAUUGGAAGCUCUCCGGGGGCGGUCGGACGACGGUGCGGACACCGACGGAAACCAAUCGGACGCCGCCGGACGUCAUCCCGACACUGUCGAGAAUGAUUCGGACGCAUCCGGACGCUCCGAUGAGUUCCAACCGUCCGAUGAGUUUGGACGCGCAGAGGACGCGUACGGCCAGCCGUCCCCGGCGGACGAGUUCUUCGCGAACCGACGGGAGAGCGAGGAGUUUGAGCUUGAGUACGACGAAGAAGAAGAAGACGACGAGGGGAGCUGGGUCGAACGGCGGGGGCCGACCGCGCAGUGGCUUUUGGAGACCCCUCCGGAGGACAAGAUCGGACCGUCGCACUACCGGCGCAUCCUGAACGCCACGUGUACGGACCUGGAGCCGCUCGGGCGGUCGCGGGUGGUGCGGAUACACAUCGAGGGGGAGUCGUUCAUGCUGCAUCAGAUUCGGAAGAUGGUAGGGGCCGCCGUGGCGAUUCUGCGCGGCGAUUUCCCGUUCGAGCUGCUCGACCCCAUGCUCGCGUGCCACUCGCGCGUGAUCGUCCCCAUGGCGCCUGCGGAGGGGCUCUUCCUCUCGCGCACGCGCUUCUUCCCUUUCCGGACGUCGUUCAACCGGGACUUCGUGAGUGACGGCCCGGCCCUGGAGCUGACCCCCCCCCUGGAGGCGGCUCGCGAGGAGUUCCGGGUGACUCAGCUACUACCGGCGAUGGCCCCUCUUCUAAACGCGGAGCGGGAUCCCUGGAGAGGUUGGAUCGAACGGCUCGAUCUAAUUGGUCCAGUCCCGCAGGAGGAGGUGACGCAGGUACUGAGCUGCUUCGAAGAGUGGCGGAGCAACCAACCGGAGCGAGGUACCGAAACGCGAGAGCGCCCCCCCUGGUUCCAAAUCGCGCGGCAGCCCCGGCCGACGGGCCCCCGGCAAUGGGCCUCCCGAGGAGGAAUGCAGACUGGAGGGGGGGGGAGUCGUUGGGGUAGGCGAUAACCGGGCGUUUUGUGGGUUAGGACGAACUCGGCAAUUGGCGGGAAAGAGUUAACGGAGUUUCGUCUUUGACUUCUCCCGACCGAGUUGCAGGUAGAGGAUCAUGUUGAUCAGGCAUUUAGAAGAGACGUCAAGCCUGCGCUGCUUAUUUGGGAAGCGAAAACUUGCAAACAUGGGGACGGUUUGCCGCAAACUUUCAUGUGACUGGAGGCGGACGUGGUCAGCAUCGCAGGUUUGAAUGACCCGAUGGGGUUUUGGAAGAGCAACUGUGGGACACAGACUCUGACGAUGCAUUUAGCGCCUCACAGGCACAUGUGCAUGGGGAAUUGUAGACACCUGCAACAUGAUCGAAGCACAGACUUGCGGAUUCGUGGAUCUCGGAAUCAAGCUAGCAAGAUUUGGGGGGUCUUGUUAUCGCCAGGGCGAUGACCCCAAUUUCACUAUGCUGUUGGCCCCAACCCUAUAUUCCAGACUGCCGUCAGCCUUUUUCAGAACACUGUCACAGUUGAUGCUGGUCUUUGAUUUCAUAAUCUCAGUGCCACUCCCUCU